CAGGAUGUGCAUCUGUCACUUACCUUGUCGACCAGUAAAACCAAACAUUAUUGGAGAACAGAUAUCCAGUAAGAUGGGUGCCCACUACCAUUGUAUCAUUUGUUCAGCAACUAUCACCAGAAGGACUGACAUGCUAGGGCAUGUUAGGCGCCAUGUGAAUAAAGGAGAGACUAAGUCCAGGUACAUUGUUGUGUCUACUACUAAACCAUCAAAUGAAAUUUUGAAGGAAGCAGAUACAGAUGUACAAGUUUGUCCUAACUAUUCUAUACCUCAGAAAACAGAUUCCUAUUUUAAUCCGAAAAUGAAACUAAAUCGGCAGCUAAUUUUCUGUACAUUGGCUGCUUUGGCUGAGGAACGAAAACCUUUGGAAUGUCUAGAUGCUUUUGGAGCUACUGGGAUAAUGGGAUUACAAUGGGCAAAACAUCUUGGCAAUGCAGUCAAAGUUACAAUUAAUGACAUGAAUGAAAAUUCUGUGACAUUGAUUCAGAAAAACUGCCAUUUAAACAAGUUGAAAGUGGUAGUAGACAGUAAGGAGAAGGAAGGCGGAGAUUGUCUUGGAGAAGAAGAACAAAAUCUUGGUAAUAUUAAGGUGACCAAAAUGGAUGCGAAUGUGCUGAUGCAUUUGAGAUCUUUUGAUUUCAUACACUUAGACCCUUUUGGAACAUCAGUGAACUAUCUAGAUUCUGCAUUCAGAAAUAUAAGAAACCUUGGCAUAGUAUCAGUGACUUCUACAGAUAUCAGUUCCUUAUAUGCCAAGGCACAGCAUGUUGCCCGGCGACACUAUGGAUGUAACAUUGUCCGAACUGAAUAUUACAAGGAACUAGCAGCCAGAAUCGUGGUAGCUGCAGUGGCAAGAGCUGCAGCACGAUGCAACAAAGGCAUAGAAGUACUGUUUGCAGUAGCUUUGGAACAUUUUGUGUUGGUUGUUGUGAGAGUAUUGAGGGGGCCUACUUCAGCAGAUGAGACAGCCAAGAAAAUUCAAUACCUGAUCCACUGUCAGUGGUGUGAGGAGAGGAUUUUUCAGAAGGAUGGUAAUAUGGUAGAAGAAAACCCAUAUAGACAGUUGCCCUGUAACUGUCAUGGAACCAUGCCUGGAAAGACAGCAAUAGAACUUGGACCUCUGUGGUCAAGUUCCCUUUUCAACACGGGAUUCCUCAAAAGAAUGCUAUUUGAAUCUCUUCAUCAUGGUGUGGAUGAUAUUCAGACCCUCAUAAAAACAUUAAUCUUUGAAUCAGAGUGUACUCUUCAAAGUCAGUUUUCAACUCAGACACCUUCAAAUGUCAAGAAGCAAGAAGAAAAUGAUGUAUUUAUCAAAACCACAGAUACCACAAUGGAACAUCUACAAGGAAAGAGAAAAAGCCAUGAAGUGAUAACAAAUUUAGCCAAGAAGCAAAAGUCUGAUGUCAGUACUGAACAUCCUCCUUUUUAUUAUAAUAUCCACAGACACAGCAUUAAAGGGAUGAACAUGCCAAAGUUGAAGAAGUUUUUGUGCUAUCUUUCUCAAGCAGGCUUUCGUGUAAGCCGAACUCACUUUGACCCAAUGGGUGUUCGUACAGAUGCACCUCUGUUGCAAUUUAAAUCUAUUCUUCUACAGUACAGCACCCCCACUUACACUGGAGGACAAUCAGAAGGCUAUGUCCAAUCAUCACCCGAAAAUUCAGUGGCUGACAGGGUUGAAUAACAGGUUGAAUAAUAUGUGGCUGCAGAAGACAGUCAUCAUAGAGAAGCGAUUAUUCUCAGGUGUCUGUACAGAUGGCCCAAUAGUUCUAUGCCACCUUGUAUUUCCUUUUCUAUUCAAUUCAGUUGUGUAAAAAUAAAGGGGGAAAAAAAGGUACUGAUGUUUUCAUUCGGAAAACUAGCCUUAAGCUAACUGGUUUGAGAGCGUUGUUUUGUAAGUUUUUCUUAUUUAAAACAAGUUUUAAUGAGAAUUAUUUCAUAAUGUGAACUUUCUGAUUGGGACACCCUAUGUUUAAUAAAUUUAGAACAAUUUCAUAUAGUAUUUAGAAACGUAA